GUCCAAUCUUGUCAAAAGUCAUAUUUGUCAAGUGAUGAUUAAUAACAAUUGUUUUUUUGAGAAAAUGUAAAAUUUCAAAAAUAUUCAAAACAAAUUUGAGUUUAUAACUAUUAAUUACAAACAAUGGCUUACGUUAACGUUAAAGACUGGUCGGUGGACCAGGUUACAGACUGGUUAAAAGGAUUGGAUAACGUUAUUUUGCAAUACAACUCCUCUUUUCUAAACAAUGGGGUAACCGGUCAUCAGCUAUUGAAUUUACGAUCUGAUGACUUGGAACACUUAGGAGUAAAAAUGUUGGGACAUCAAGAAAUUAUUUUAGAGGCCGUAGAACAACUAAGAAAUUUCCAUUUUGAAUUGGAUAAAGAAAAUUUACAAACUUUAGCUUUAAAACUGUCUUGUGCAGCAAAUUCUUUAUAUAAAGAACUUUUAUUAAUAGAUGACGAUUGUGCUGUAUUACAUACUCAAGUAAUGGCAGAUGUUCACAAUAUAAUUACUACAAUUAAACCUUUGGCCUAUUGGCUAGAUAGGUCUCCAUUUGUUGGUGAUAAAGAUUAUAUUGAUAAUAAGACAAGCCUCUUGCAAUUAGGUUUUGAAAUGGCAACUAGUGCUCAUAGAGGAAUAUUUUCUGAGAAACCAGUAUGUACUAUUAGGAAAAUUUGUGAAAAACUUGCAAAAAUUUCUGAUCAUAUUAUCCAGGAGAUAAUGGAUCCUAUGAUAUUACAACCUGCUUCUUUAGACUUAGCUACAUUAAAAAAGAAAGAGCAAGAACUUGGUUUCUUUAUAUUGCCCAGUUAUCAUGCUGUACAUCAAAUAGCUGAAAUUAAACAUGGUUCUCCUGCUCACACAAGCUCUAAAAUAGAAGAAGGAGAUGAAAUUGUUCAAGUAAACUAUCAAACAGUUGUGGGAUGGCAAAGAAAAAAAGUAAUGAUGCUUUUACAAGAAUCGCCACCGGAAAUAGUAUUAACAUUGAAAAAACGACCGAGACAUACCAAAGUUUACGGUCAGAUAUAUAUGAAACCAUAUCGUUUGCCAAGCAGAAAAAGAAGUGGUCAAAAUUGGUCUUCGAGAUGGAAUGAUAACAUACCAUCUCCCAGGCUACUUCCAAUUAUUAAUUUACCACCUAUAACUAUUUCAAAGAGUGAAGAUGAAGCCGAAGUGGCAGACGCUGAAACAGAAUUAAGCAGUAGUGAUAGUGAACCACCAGACAGUCCUUUGGAUUCAAGUUGUCGAAUGUAUCCCCUUAAACCUCGACCGAUAUUACAAAGGCGUAACACCAUAUCUGGAGGUACACCAACCAACAAAAGGGCUUAUCCGUCCAUUGAACAGUAUUGGGAUUUUAUAAAAUCGCGCAAUAACAACGCCCAUUCGAGCUCCUAUCACAUUGACAGUACAAAAUUUGAUGAAGACACAAAAUUUUUAAGAGACAAAAGCGCUUCAUGCAACGUAGGUUUAGAUUUGACACCUAGACCGACGACCGUUAUAGGUCUUGGUCAUACAAACAACGCAGUUCAUAGGAAGAAUUCUAAAGAAAAAUCGCACAAAAAGAAAGUCAAUUUUCAGGAAGAAAAGAAAACUGAAGAUAAACACUUGGAGGAAGAUAGCGAGAAGAAAUUCAAAGAACAAAAACUAUUAGAACCUUCUAAUUUAGAUUCCGAAAAGAGUAUCAGUGUAGCCAGCUUAGCCAGCCUUAAUAAUGAAAGUAUUUCAUUUAUAGAUGAAGAUGUAAAAGUAAAACCUUUUAAAUUUCAUUUGUCAGGAAGAGAAUUGACCGAUCGAACAAGCAUGACUAUAGAUUAUUGGAAAAAAGAAAUAGUAGAUGAGAUAAUAGAUUCUAUUAAAAACAAAGCUAUCUUAGACGAAAAACCAAAAGGUUCUAGAAAAGAUAAAAAGAUAGAAGACAUGCCCAAAGAAGAUGUAGUAUUGAAUAUCAUACCAGAAAAAGAUGAAACGUCUACAAAGGUGGAAGAACACGAAAAUCAAGUCAACAUAGAAAAAAAUGACAAUAAAUCAUCUAGCUUAGCUCUAAUAAAAGAUCCCAUACUUUCCGAAAUAAAUGUGCAUAAUAUAAUAAAAAAAUUCGACGAACAGAAAUUAGAUACACCAAAAAAACCUAUAAUUCUUCCGAGAACUCAAAUAAAAAAAUCUCCAGAUGUACCCCCAAAGCCUGAGCCUAAAGUAAAACCAGCAGUACCUCCCAGAAGCGCCACUACGAAAUUGAGAGGAAAAUUAGAUAAAAGCCACAGCACUCCAGCUUAUGAUCUAUCAGAAGAACCAGAAAAAUUUGAACACACACCAAUAUUAUUACCUAAAGAAAUUACAACAGAUAUCGUUAGAGAAAUAAAAGAAAAUAGGGAAGUUAAAGAGUUUAGAGAGACAAAAAGGGAAGUUUUAAAGGAUGUUAGAGUUCCACCUUUAGAGGAUUCUUUAUAUCAGUUAGGAAUCCCAGUUGUUGAAUUACCUAAUCACCUAAAUGGGGAUAUGCUAAAAGAGGAGAAAAUAUCUGAUGUUCCUCCUAAACCUCCUCCAAGGAACAUGGUUGACUUCCCGAAACCAGCUUAUCCAGCAGAUUCGCCAAAACCUCAACUCAAUUUAAGCAAAACAACAAACGAACCAGUGCCAUCCAAACCAGUGUUUGAUUUUCCCGAACCACCAUCGGCAAGUUAUGCACAUUUGGAAGUUAAAAAUAUGUUGGAAGAAAAAUUGACAACAAAGCAUUUUGAGCCGAGAAUGGUGUCUACGCCGCUGGCUAAGGGAAAAUUAGAGUACGAUAGCGAUCCAAAAUUGGUUUCUAGCUCUAAAGGUAGAAUAGAUUACGAAAGCGAUACUGCGAAUUAUAAAGCAUCUCCAAGUUACGAGAUUCAGAAGAGCUCAAGUGAAACUAAAGUUUCUCCAACUAAUAGUAUUGUUAAGGGAUUGAUUUCUGGAAAGAAGUCUGGAAAGAAAAAGAGUUUGCUCACAGCAAAGAGAAGAAAAGUUACUGUUAAUGACCUUAGUCCAGCUGAUAUCCAAGGUUACCUGUUCCAAAGGUUGCGUGGAAAACAUAAUCAGAUAGUUCAUUGGGAAAAGCGCUGGUUUGUUCUAUUGGGUAAUUGUUUAUACGGUUUCAAAACAAAAGAAGAUCCGAAAGCAGCAUGUUUAAUUUUUCUAUCUGGUUUCACAGUUGCUGUUGCCAGUGAAGUCAAAUCCAGAUCACAUUCAUUCAAAGUAUACCACACAGGCACCGUCUUCUAUUUCUCAGCCGAAGACCCAGACGCUUUACAAUCUUGGAUAGAUCUGAUCAGAUCGGCGACACUUCAAAACGAUACACAAAAGAAUCAAGAUUCAAGUUUGUACUCCGAAACCGAUGAGUCUGAUACCGAAAGAUUGAAACCACCGGUAGAAAAAUCGGAUUCGUUGAAAAAAUUUGGGUCGUUAAAAAAGUUCACUUCGAAAAAAUCUAGUGGAGAUUCCAGUCCGGGCGGUAGUACGAGUUUAGAUAGGAAAUGGUUUUUUAAUAAAUCGAGUAGUCAUAAAAAAGACUCGGUUCCUGUUCCAACAGCACAGUUUAGAUCCUACAAAAAAAUUCGUACAAUUGAUAGUCAAUCCAGUGUUACUACAGGUAAUUUCACAUCUCAUGUUCCGUUAUUCUGUUCUCAAAAUCUGACAAAUCCCCAAAAUGCUAGUGUGCCUAAUUUAACGAUGGAAAGUACUAGACCUGAUUUUAAUCAGGGAAUUCCAAAAUGCAGACCGAAGCCUAUUAAUUACAUCCAUGCUAGUAAUCCAAGCUUAGGUAACGUCAUUUCCGACUUUGUGUCUUCGAAUAUUAAUAAAAGCCAGUUCAAAGCUGCCAAAGAAAGUUUAGCAGGGUUUGUAACACUAGAGGAAUUAAUGAUUAAACAAACCGAGGAAAGAAAAAUGAACCCACAUCACAUUUUUGAAGAAGUUAACAGAAAUAUGCAGUUUAUUAAACCAGAUAUUGUUUAUGGAGAAAUACCUAUUCGUUCUCAACCCAUUGAUGAUACAUCAGAUAAUAAUUCGUCGUGCAGUUCAAAAACCCAAACUUCGUCUUCUAGCGAUAAAAAUAACAGCAGUAGCUCGUGCUUUGGUAAACGUUUAGGAUCUCUCAAAAAAAAUCAAAACAAAAAUGACGAUUUUGAAAAUAAAAUAUCAACGUAUCCCAAAAUUAGUAAAGGCUGCGAUCAAAAAUUGAAUAGGUCUCUACCAAGGACGCACAAAAUUCAAGAGAAAUAUUCAAGGUAUGAUAAUGCUCCGCCACAAUGUAUAUAUGAUAAAGAAAUGUCCGUGAAGCACAAGGAACGAUCUUAUGAAAUGAUAUAUUGUCCAGAAACUGUGAACGAUGUACAAUUUGCCACAAACAGAGCAUUAGAUGACACAAUGUAUAAUGACAAUCCAAAAAAGGUUAGCAAAAUUAAGAAACAACACAGUUUCACUUCCACUGACAAAAAAAGCAAAUUUGGUAGUAAGGUACAAGAUUCUUCGUCGACUAUGAUUAAGUUGAAAUCGGCCAUUCAAUAUACACCGAUGUCACUACCUUCUGGUCAGGAUCCUAAAUCAAAACCGAAAUUCGCUUUUGAAUUGAAUCUCGACGAAAAAUCACAAAAAACCGGAAAACUGAAACAGAUGUUUGGAGCAAAAUCGGAAAGUAAAAAGGAAAAAACAUUUUUAGGUUCCCCGAAAUUACACAGGGCUAUAUUUAAGAAAAAUAGCUCAGGAUCUGAUAUUAGUUGGCCUUCAGGAUCAUCUUCAAGUAAGCAAUUUUCCAUGUCUCAAAGUAUAUACUCUUUAGAAAAUUCUCCUCCAGUGAUAAAUGAACCGUUCGAAGUGGCCGUGACUCCUAACGCCGAUUAUCCAGGCCUCGAAUACCCACCAAUCUUCGAACCUGAAACAUAUUCUUUAGCAAAUCCCCAAUCCAGCUUAAAUGUAUUAAGAAAACAAGGAAAAAAUACUCAAUAGUAGAUAUUAUUGAGAUAUUCAUCAAUAAUUCACAUCUGUAUCGGUGGAAUAGUUGACUAAACAUUUUAGAACAAAUUAAACCGAACCGAUACCUUUUAAAAUGGUAAAAUUUCAUAACACAAUCUACUGACGUAAUUGCAGCUGAAUAUUUGAAUUAUUCACUGAUUUUAUACAGGGUGUUCUGAUCUAUUUGUGAAAUGGUGCUAGUUUUUUUGUGUAAAUAUUUAAUAGAAAGUAGCUACGGAGUAAGAACUGUACAUCCUGUAUUUUGUUUUAGAUUAACUCACUUUUGCAAUACUUUCUUUGUUAAAAAUUAUUAAUUUUCCGACAAUAUUAAGUCAAUAUACUAGAUGUUAGUUUAGCAAUCCUAUUGGAUAUACCUGUUAUUUGAAGAUUAAGUUUUCUAAUCAAAUAAUGUAUACGAUAUGAAAAAUGUCCGUUAUUAAAUGUAUGUUCGUUUCAUGGAUCAAGAUUUUAUCCAUUUCCGUACACUACUUUCAGAUUUUGUUCUUAUUAUACAUAAUGAAGGUAGGCGAAAAAAUUACGGACAAAAUUUCAGGAAUUUGAGAAGUCGGAUUCAGAUUGGUCUUUUUGCAAUCAUUUUUCAAAGUUAUUUGAAAAAAUUGUGCUUUGUCCACUUUUUCUUUAACUAAAUUAUAUUUUUUUUGAUUUGAUAGAAAACUAGUUUUAAACAAAACAGAUCAAAAUUGAAAUUUCGAUCUAUUUCAAUCAAAUAUAUCAAAAAAUAUCUAAAAUUAGAACGAUUUAUCAAGUAAAACAUAUAAAAUGGUCUAAGAAGAGAAAAACUACAUUUUUCUCAACUUACUUGCCAUCCGGAAGUAUUUUGAGUCGUAGAUUAUCGGCAACCACCAUUAGGGGACCUGAUAUACUGGAAUGCUCAAUAUCAUUUUACGAAUUUUUUCGAAUCACUCUUUUUGAUCCCGACAUCGGCUACCAUCCUCUCCUCCGGUAUCAACUGCCUUCGGAUAUAAUUUUUGGUUCGUUUAUAAAAAGUUAUAUAAGUUCGUGAUUUAUAAAAAAAAACUCAUUUUGAAUUGUAGACAGGUUUCUUCGAGUUUUUUAUGAGGUUAAUAUAAUACUGCGCGUUCACAGUUCGUUGUUUAGUGAAAAAAUCACUUGUAAUUACUCCUUUCAUGUCCCAAAACGCAGUACACAACACCACCCCCUAAGUAGAACACUAUUCAUACACUUGAGUCCUCAUACCCUAAUUUAUCAUGUAAUUUUAAAUAAAACUGCGUUGAUUUCACAUUAACUUUACAAAAAAAAAGAAUAAUGGUGCGUUGCGCUACAGACAAAGUACAUCCUUAUCGCUCAUGACUAUAAUUACACUGAAAAGCGGGGUUACGCGGUCCCGACUGUUCUCUAAGUUUCGUAAUAGACCAGUCUAUCAUCCAGUGCAGCCACUUUAACGAUACUAAAAUGUUCGCGCGUUUAUUCAAAAAUUCUGUUUCAUAUUUGGACUGUCCUCAUAUUUAUGAUGAUUUAAUUUCUAUGUACUCAAUAUCCAUCACAUAUUCUAUAAUCUUUACCAUAAAUAUUAGAAAUAUUAUUAUUGGAGUUAUUAAUAAGUUUAAAAUCAUUAAAUGGGUUGAAACAAUUGUGUUUUUUUCUUCAAAUCACUUUAUAAAUUUAUAAUUUUAGUGGAGGUGGUUUUUUGUAUCUCAUAUUAUAUUCAAUAGAUGGCAUUUAGUUUUAUUUUUCUGCGUGAUGCAAUUGACACAUUCCCAUAUUUCAUUUGAAGGGCUUUAAGUUAUUCGAGCCAGAUCAAAUUUAUAUAUUUAUAUUUAUUAAUAUAUACAUGCUAGAGUUUUUAAGAAUUGGACUGCAUAUAUUGUGAUGUAUUUGUCAGUUUUUUUAAAUGGUAUUUUAAAAAUGAAAAUAUGUAUUCAGUAUUAUCUUGUAUAUAUAACUAAAUAAAAAAUGAAACUGUUAAUUUUAAGUGCCAAAACAUUUGUUUUGUUAUAGUUGAAUAAAAGUGAAGCGUUUAUUUGUU